AUGAGACCUUCCAAUUCCUCCUUGCUACCUUUAACGUCCCGUUUUCUGGGUCUCCGCGCCCUUCCCGGCUCACUACAUGCCAACACGCGUAGCUUUGCGCAGGUCGCACAGCGACGGGUGCUAGACGUCCCAUCGGAGGAUGACAAACCUUUUAUGGUCCCGAUCGCAGACACGAGCUUUGAGACGUAUCAUUUCGACCCGCCAUCAUACUCGGUGGAAACUACCAAGGGACAACUUAAACAGCUUUUUCGUGACAUGACAACAAUAAGACGGAUGGAACUCGCCGCAGAUGGGUUGUACAAAGAAAGGAAGAUUCGUGGGUUCUGCCACUUGUCAAUCGGGCAAGAGGCCGUCGCAGUCGGGAUAGAGCAUGCAAUUACCCGAGAAGACAAGCUCAUUACCGCGUACCGGUCUCACGGUAACACCUUGAUGCGUGGUGCUACGAUAAAAUCGAUUCUUGGUGAACUUCUCGGUCGGCGCGACGGUAUCGCGCAUGGAAAAGGCGGCUCAAUGCAUAUGUACGCCAAGAGCUUUUUCGGUGGAAACGGCAUCGUGGGCGCAAGCGUGCCUCUUGGAGCUGGUAUCGCAUUGGCUCAGCAGUAUGACGACACGGGUAACGUCACAAUCAACCUGUAUGGUGAUGGAGCAGCCAAUCAAGGCCAAAUCCACGAGGCAUUCAACAUGGCAAAGCUGUGGAACCUGCCUGUCAUGUUUGGCUGCGAGAACAACAAGUACGGAAUGGGGACAUCGGUUGAUCGUGCUUCUGCCUCAACGGAAUACUUCAAGCGUGGACAGUAUAUUCCUGGGCUUAAAGUUAAUGGAAUGGAUGUUCUGGCGGUUCUGGCUGCUGUUAGACAUGGCCGAGAGUGGAUAAAGGCAGGAAAUGGACCGCUAAUCUAUGAGUAUGAAACCUACCGAUACGCUGGUCACUCGAUGUCAGACCCCGGAACCGCCUAUCGUACCCGCGAGGAGCUACAGAAAGAGCGAACGAAUGAUCCCAUCACAAGCCUGAAGUCGAAGCUCAUAGACUGGGACAUUAUGACGGAGGAUGAGAUAAAGGCAGUUGAAAAGGAAAUACGGGGGAUGGUGAGUCACGAAGUCCAGGCGGCUGAGCAGAUGCCUGUGCCUGAUCCAAAGUGGGAUAUCUUGUUUGAGGAUAUUUACGUCCCUGGGAGUGAGCCUGCUCAGAGACGUGGAAGGACUAUCGACGAAACGAUUUAUUAG